AUGCCCAUCGUCCCCACAGCAGACAUCAUUCAUCCCGCACUCCGAUCUUAUCAGAGUACUGAAGUUUUACCCUAUGCUACACUCGAUCCUAUUCUAAAAGCUUUGUUCGAAGCCAAAGCUCGAAAGGGUCUAACGUUUGAGAAAAUAGCUUCUGAACUUGAACGUGAUGAGGUUUGGGUCGCAGCCUUAUUCUACGGGCAGGCCAAGCCGACCGCUGAAGAUAUUGCAAGAUUGUCUGAAGUACUCGGAAUCAGUGAUCAGUCCUUCAGACAACUUGGAGCACAAUGGUGGCCGCAUCGCGGAGCCUUGACGCAAAUGCCCCCGACUGAUCCAGUUAUCUAUCGGUUGUAUGAGGGUGUUAUGGUUUAUGGUGAGCCCAUCAAAGCUGUGAUUCAUGAGAAGUUUGGAGAUGGGAUUGUAUCAAUGAUCGACUGUAAGGUGCACGUCGAAAAGAAACCCGACCCGAAAGGUGAUCGCGCUGUGAUCACGUUUGAUGGAAAAUUCUUGCCAUACGUCAAAUGGUGA